CCCCGGCCCCGCCUCCGGAGGGGCGUCCCGGGGCGCGGCUUCGCUUCUACCGGGGCUGCGGUGGCGGCAGCGGCACAACCCCGACCUGUGGGGCGGUUCUUUUGCCGGUGCCGGUUCUUUCUCCGCUGCCCGUGGGAGGAUUUCCCCUCCCCUCUUCCCCUUCCCCGGUGCUCGGAGCUCCCUGGUGCCGGUGCCGCCCCCGGGCAGCGCAAGCGCCGCUCCGGUACGAGCAACUCCCGCCCUUUCCGCUUCCGCCAGCGGAGCCGCCGCCAUGAUCGGGGAUCUGCUGCUCUGCGGGACGCUGCUGGUGAACGCCGGGGCCGUGCUCAACUUCAGGCUGAGGAGGAGAGACACGGAGGGAUUCGGCGAGGAGUCGAGGGAGCCCACGACCGGUGACAAUAUCAGAGAGUUCUUGCUGAGUCUCAGAUACUUUCGAAUCUUCAUUGCCUUGUGGAAUGUCUUCAUGAUGUUCUGCAUGAUUGUGUUAUUUGGAUCUUGAAAGCCAUCCACGAACAUGUCUGUCAGCUUGGAAGAGACUUUUGGCUGGAAACAUAACUUUUCUAAAAAGUCAAAACAUUCUCCUGCUUUCCAAACACAGCCCUGGGGUGGUGGCCUGUUCUUCACCAGCUCCUCACCUGCUCCAGGGACAGGACAAUUCCAUCCUCUCCACUUGUGUCACACCGUGGGGCACGUUGCUGGAAGGGGGGGGGGGCUCAGCUGUUAGGCCCCUGAGACCAAAAAUCUUCCAAGUAAAAUGAUUUUUGAAAUAAAAAGAACUUUAAAUUGGUUUUGUUAGGCUUAGAGUGCCCCGGAGUGCAGAUUUGGAGUGUGGCUGAAGCCCAGAGUCUUCAGACUCUGCGUUGUUUAUCACUCCCAGCUCCUGACAUUCUGCUGCCCAGGCUGCUUGGAAGUCACACUUGAGUCUCAUUUUUAUAAAGCUGAGCAGAAUAUUGGUGUAACUUCUCACUAUUCCCUUCAGUUUUGUUGGAGAAAUAGGAAAGGAAAUGGGAUUCUUGCUGUUUCUCCAACAAAAUGCUUUUAAAAUUAAAAUUUCAAAGAUUUUUUUUUUCUAAGCCAUAUGUAAAGGGAUUUUGGAUAGGGAAAAAUAGCAAAAAUAGUUCUAUAAGCCAAUCCUAAGGAAUGGUUUUGGAAGAAAUCUUGGAUUUGGUUGAAUAAAGUUGUUCUAUUUAAGGGUAAAA